AUGCUCUUCAAACAAGCCAUCCUUGUCGCUACUACUCUCACCACCCUUGCGGUCGCCACUCCGGUUGUUGACGUGAGGCGUCGGACGGACCCAGCCAGCUCGUGCAGCACCGGCACUCUCAACUGCUGCAACAGCAGCGGCACCGUUGAGGAUAAAACCAUCGCUGGCCUGCUUGGCAUCCUCAAUAUCGUAGUCAGCGACAUCACUGCUUUGGUUGGCAUCACCUGUACCCCCAUCACCGUCGUCGGUGCUGGUGGAACUAGUUGCACCUCCCAGACCCUCUGCUGUGAUAACAACAACUUCAGUGGAUUGAUUGCUUUGGGAUGUAUCCCUAUCAAUAUCAAUCUCUGA